AUGAACGUUAAUAAAAAUGCGCAUAUUAACAAUAGCAAUGUUAAUGAUAACAGUAAUAUCAUGACAACAACGAUUCAAUCUCAAGAAUGGGAAUUAGAAUCUGAAAAUAGGAUUAAAGAUGAUCGAGAUUUAUCUGCUGCCAUCAGCAAUGAUAUAAAAGUGGAAACAUUAGACGUCAGGGAACCGUAUUACGAUGAUAAUAAUUUGAAAACUGUAGUAAGCUGGUUUAGGAAUGGUUUAUGCAACAGGACAAGAAUUAAAUAUAUGAUAAGAUGGCGUUUAUUAAUGUGUCAAAUAAAAGAGAAUGAACGUGUUACUUAUUAUGAUUUGGAUUCAUCUGAUGAAGAUUGGGCACAAAUGGAAGUUCAGGAAUGUGUUGCAGUACUGGAAGAUCUUGAUUUUGCAUGCUCAUACAAUGUUGAACUUGUUAGUACCAAUAUUAAAAAGAUCAUUGCAAGAGCUCGUUUCGAGACACAAAGCUGCGAGAAAACUCCAUCAAUGAUUGCUCUUACUUGCAACGAUCAAUUAACUUCCCACUCCCUUUCCUGUAUUACUAAUUCGAGAAAUAACUCGAUACAGUGUAACUGGAAAAAUACAAAUGGUACGGAAAGAAAUGUUGGCUAUCGAAUUGUACUCAGUAAAUCCGAUACAGAUGAUAAUCAAAUAGUGAUUAUACCACCACAAAGUACUAAAAUUCAAUUUGAUAACCUUGAACCGGAUCACAAUUAUCUCAUUCAUGUACAAAUGAUAACAAGUAAUGGUCUUGGCAAUACAUUAACAACAUCUUUUCGAAUUAACCGGAAUAAGACUGUCGAGAAACCUUCAACAUCUCUUUUAUCUGAUCAUCACAGAAAUAAUACAGUAUCUCAGAUGACUAACAUAAUUAUGCAUCAUAUUGGUGAUGAUCAAAUAUCACAGAAUAUUGAUUUGCAAUCAGUAAUGAAAGAAGAUAGUGGAUUUUUGUAUAAUAAUGAAAGAUUUCCAGGUGCUACGGUACUUGAAUUACCAUUAGAAAGUAUUGCUUCAGGUGCAAUUAGGUGGACAGUUUUAUAUUUCAUUUGUUUAGAUUUAUUGUUAAGGUAUUUAUUCACUGUUAAUACAUUAUGA